GUCGUCAGCCAUCAUUCCCCGACCAGCUGAUUUUGUUUAGACCUAGACGAAGGUGACAGUAGCGGCCGUCCGCCGCUUUUCCAGCCUCUAAUGCGCCGAGGUCCAGUCUGAGGCGCGCAGGGAACGAGCGGCGGAAGGGUUGAGACACCGCGGAUCGCAGGACGGGGCCGUGCACUUGCCCGGACCGACGUCGCUCAUUGGUGUUUAUUGUUGUUGUUAUCAAUCGAUGACGGUGUCCAGCAGGAGGUGCAUUCUUCACCACCCGAUUCACCUAUGCUUUUCCAUGAUGCAUUUCCCACUCUUGUAGGUGAAGCCCUGGUGGAUCCCAUCUCUGGGACGCAAAAAGGAUCACGGCUUUUCGACUAUGAAGCAAAACUAUAUUCAGCUUACACGUGUUUUUUUAGACGAAGAAGCAAUGAUCAACAAAAAAUUACCCAAAGAAUUGAUUCUCAGGAUCUUUUCGUACUUGGACGUGGUUUCACUGUGCAGAUGCGCUCAAGUGUCCAAACUUUGGAACGAACUGGCUUUGGAUGGAAUGAAUUGGCAAAGGAUAGACUUGUUUGACUUUCAAACAGAUGUUGAGGGGAUUGUCGUGGAAAACAUUGCUCGGAGAUGCGGCGGCUUCCUAAAAAAGCUAAGCCUCCGGGGCUGUCAGUCGGUGGUUGAUGGUUCACUCAGGACUUUUGCCCAGCAAUGCAAUAAUAUUGAGGAGCUUAACCUGAACGACUGCAAGAAAAUCACGGACAGUACAUGCCAGUCACUUAGCCGACACUGCCCAAAACUUCAACGCCUCAACAUCAAUUCAUGCUCAGCCAUCACAGACCAGUCUCUUAAAGACUUAGCCGAUGGGUGCCACCAACUUACUUACAUCGACAUUUCGUGGUGUGACCAAAUCUCUGAUAAUGGAGUGGAAGCUUUGAGUAGAGGCUGCAGGAAACUCAAGUUUUUCAUCUCCAAAGGAUGUCCUCAUAUUAACGACAGAGCCGUCUCUAGUUUGGCCCGUUUUUGCCCAAAUUUAGAGGUCAUAAAUUUGCACUCUUGUUCUACUUUGACAGAUGAAUCUGUCCAACACCUGGCAGAGAGUUGUUUGAAUAUCCGAUAUCUCUGUUUGUCCGGAUGUUCCAAUUUGACAGACACAUCUCUGAUGAAUUUGGCUCAGCAUUGCCAAUCUCUCAGCACAUUAGAGGUGGCCAGCUGUUCCCAGUUCACAGAUGCAGGGUUCCAGGCAUUGGCAAGAAGUUGCCAUUUAAUGGAAAAAAUGGACCUCGAGGAGUGCUCAUUAAUAACGGACGCUACAAUUAUACACUUGGCAAUGAAUUGUGCUCGCCUUGAGAAAUUAAGUCUGUCGCAUUGUGAGUUGAUCACUGACGAAGGCAUAAGGCAUUUGAGCACCUCCCAAUGUGCAGCUGAAAAUCUCACUGUUUUGGAACUAGACAAUUGCCCAUUCAUCACAGAUGCCUCAUUGGAUCACUUAAUUUCAUGUUACAAUCUGCAGAGGAUUGAACUGUACGACUGCCAGCUCAUCACUCGAGCUGGGAUCCGAAGACUAAGAAACCAUUUGCCUAACAUCAAGGUGCAUGCCUACUUUGCCCCAGUAACCCCACCGCCUGCUUCUGGUGCGACACGACAACGCUACUGUCGUUGCUGCGUAAUUUUGUGAGCAUGGAUUUUGCGUCGCCAGGAGGAUGACGAGGAAUCAUGACACGGCGGCGAAACUUAAGGACUGACAAAAGACUGAAAAAAUGAAAGUGGAUGGUUUGGAAGAGGAUUGUCUUGAUAGUGAUAGCAGCAAUCCCCACAAAACACAACAUGCAGAUCUGAGGUUGCAGGGGUUUAAAAAAAAUGUGAUAUAAAAAAAAAAAGAUUUGGAAAAUUAGCAAAAAGAGAGAGGGUUGUUGGAGUGCUGAUUUUUUUCAGUUAUGCAAAACCUUGAUAGAAUAUCUGUGAAAAUAGUAUAACGUUGUACUUUCUGUAUAAUUUUUUGAAAUAAUUUUUUCUUACUUUAGCUUUACCUUAUUUUGAGGCAUCCUAUGGUGCAUUUAAUAAGAAUGAAAAAUCAAUUCUUUGCACAUUUAAUAUUAUUUUUAUUUAUUUUCGUAGAAUGGUUGUUGAAAUGCAAUUAUGAAAUAUAAUUCACGAUCUUGAGGAUA